ACACGACAACGCAUUAAUGGCCCUGCGCAGAACAUUUGGUCGCGUGAAAACACUUCACACGCACAACCUGUGACUGCUCUACAACAUGAUAUCAUUCUCCUCAAUAAAACUAUAUCCAUUGGACGACAACUUUCCCGUUACUACCUAAACCCAGAAAUCUGCACGCCGAAUUUAUACGUGUACGAAUCACAACGCCGCCAAUGUUAACGUCAUUCCCUCCAGUCAAAACAAAAAUGGUGUUUCGCUUUCAGAACACAAGGAAAACAAGAGAAAAAGGGGGCAAAUUGGAACCUACAGCAGCCUACAAUGAAGCCUGAAUCCAGAAUUCCAAACAGCAGGUAGCAGGAAACCCAUAAGAUCGGGGGCUGACAAUGUCCAACAGAGUGCCCUGCCCUUACUGUGCAGGCACAGAGCAGGGGCGCUGCACUUCCGUAGCGGCGGGGCGCUAUAUAACAGAGUGUGCCUCAUGUGGCCGCGUGGUGGAAGAGCGCUUAACCCAGGUUGAAGAGCUCUUCGUGGAAAGAGCUCAGGACACGCCCCUGUGCAUUGUAACCCCCGAUUUCAGCAGCGCCCAAUGUGACCGCCCGCCGCCGCCGCCCAUGGAGGACGACCCCUUCGAAAACACGGGCUUUAUUACGGCCUUUAGCGCCUGGUCGCUUGAUCGGACGCCUCUUUAUACGGUCACGGCCACGACUUUCUGCGGAUAUUUGGCGGAGCUCGAGCGGGUUCUGCUCGAGGAGCCGCCCGCUGCCCCUGCCUCGUACGAGGGUGUGAAUAGUAAUAAUAAUUGCCUGGGAUUGGUGGAUAAUUUGAGGGCUUAUUUGCAGAUUGUGGAUGUGGCGUCCAUUUUGGGGUUGGACAGGGAUAUUUCGGAUCAUGCGAUUCAGCUCUUCAGAGACUGUGCCUGUACGACCUAUCUGCGUAACAGGAAUAUUGAGGCGCUCGCCACUGCAGCGCUUGUGCAGGCCAUGCGGGAGGCACAUGAGCCACGGACUUUACAGGAGAUUUCAGCUGCAGCUAAUGUUCAACAGAAGGAAAUUGGAAAAUAUCUCAAAAUAUUAGGUGAUGCUCUAAAGUUAAGCCAGCCUAUUAAUAGCAAUUCAAUCUCUGUUCACAUGCCAAGAUUUUGUAGUUUGCUUCAGUUGAGCAAAACAACUCAGGACCUGGCAACUCACAUAGGAGAAGUAGUUAUCAACAAAUGCUUCUGUACUCGCAGGAAUCCUAUUAGUAUCUCUGCAGCUGCUAUCUAUCUGGCUUGUCAGCUGGAAGACAAACGGAAAACACAAGCUGAAAUUUGCAAAGCAACUGGGCUUACCGAGGUAACUUUGCGUAAAGUCUAUAAAGAGCUGCUUGAAAAUUGGGACGAUUUACUGCCAAAAAAUUACACACCAGCUGUUCCUCCAGAGAAGGCAUUCCCAAUGACGGCGGCAGCAUUGGGCCGUGCCUCUGCUGCAAGAGCUGAUAUUAAUGGCGGAGUGUUAAAUGUGGCUUCUGCCUUAGACUCUUCUGUGACUGUGACUUCAAGUUUGUCUAGUGCCACUGUUGUCCCAGAGUGCACCCAGGGGACUGGAUCAGGAUCUUGUAAUCCAUCAGCUUUGCAGUCGUUUGGCCAUAAUUCAGGUUCUCAUACAUCAGAAUAUGUCAGUACCACCAACUUUAGGGCGUCUACACCAUCCUCAGAGGGAAAGAGUACAGGGCAGAUGUUUGUACUGCAGACCGUUGCUAAAGAGGAGAAUAUGGAUUCCGAAAAAAGAGUAGGUAAAAACCCAGAAGAUUUAGAUAAGGACUAUAUUCAAGAUACAGAAAACAGAAUAAACAAUGUUGACCCAGGGUUGAACUCAGGCAGUUUAAAUUUUAUGAGCCAGUUUUCUACAGGUAUGACUAAUUUUAGACCUUCCUUUUUACCUUUUGGAGAUCCUAGGAUGUAUUCUGAAAUGAGUUCAUCAAUUUGGCAACCUCAACUACUGUAUGGUGUGCCUGCAUUUAGAACAGCAGAAGACAAAGGAGGGAAUUCAAGCAAUAGGAAAAAUGAAGAGCCUUUGCAUUCGACGACCAAAGGAUAUUCAUUUGUAUUGCCUAAUUUAGGAGAGAUGAAUAACCACACAUUUACUUCUUCCCCUCGACCUGAUUUUCAUCGGGCUGUCACAAAUGCCACACAUAAGUCAAGUGAAAGUGAUCAGAAAAAUGACAUUCAGAGGGACAGGGAGAAGGUAAAUGCCAAGGAAGUGAGUUGUGAAAGAGAGGGCAAUGGAGCUGGAAAUCAGGUAUUGCCACAAUUCUUGAGAGGAAGUCCAGCAGCUCUGUUUAGUACAUUUGGGCCAGUUGCUUCUGCUACCAGUUCAACAACUACUCAAAGUUUCCCCUCUAAUAUUUUCUCCUAUCAGAAUCCGUUGGGUUCUGGUUUACAUGGUAUGCUUACACCUCAGAUUCUCUCAAACUAUGGAGCAUUCUGCCACAGUAUUGCUCCAUCUGCAGAGAUGCAUGUUAGCCCUGAUAAAGGAAACCUUUCUCUAUGGGGUGACAAACUUUCCCAUGGAACAACCCCCACCAGUGCAGUUGGGGAGGCUUUAAGUAGGUUAGCUUCUACUAAUAUAGGUACUGGCAUGUCUAUGGUUCAGCCAAAAGGGAGUCAACCAAGCCCUUCUCAUUCUGUCUGGUCACAGCCUCCCCAACAAUUAUCGUUUUCAACUGUAAAUGGAGGAAAUCAUGCUUAUGGUAAUACUGGUGAUGGACAUAUUAAUCUUAAAAGAGAUGUUCUUGAAGGAAAUGUAAUAUCAAAUAUUGGACGUCCACGAAGUUCAGGGGAAGGGACAAACCUUAAUUGGCCUUCCAGUGAAGGGCAGAGUAUUACUGGACUAAAUCUGUCCUUUGGUCCAGACCAUACUGCAGGAUAAAUGUCUUUUUCAAUUUACUAGAGCAAGAAUUUUUGGUUGGCAACCCUGUGGCACAGGUCUCUGUUGUUUCAUAAUGAUUAGCCUUUCAAAAGCUUCUUAACAAGAUUGUAACUUGUACAAAUCAAGAACACUCGUAUAUAAUAGACUCCUGCUUUCUCAGA